AUGCCCGAAUCAUCGACCGUUAUCUACAACUGUUACACUUCAGUGGCACGCAGCUUCCAUUCAGACUCCCCACCACCCAAAGCGACCCGACCCCCUUUGCUUGAAAGACUAUCAACCUGUUUCCACGAGCUCAAGAUGCAACUUCAAAUCAAGUCGCCGUCCCGGAUCAUCCGAACGGACGUGACAGGCAAUCUCCUGUAUUCUGACGGGCCUGGUAUCGCUAAUUUGAUCUUCUCCUGGUGCCCGGCGCUGACGGAUCGGUUUGAAGCGGUCAAGGCACAGGACUGGUUUUCGAUUUGUACGGCUGCCUCAGCAAACGAGAACUGA